AUGGAGGAAGAAAAUCCAAUGACGCCGCUGGACCCGAAGAAUUUGCUAGGUGGGGGAGGUGAUAAAUCCCCACCAGGGGCUCCGAGAAAGCCAGAAGGCGGACAUGGGAAGAGGGGAGGGCAGGACGGCUACGGGGUCCGAAGGAGUAAAUCCGGCUGUGAAAGUGAAUCAGUUGCACACUCAAGAAGCGUGCACAACAAUGGAGAUAUCCUUGACAAAAAGAGGCAGAAAAUCGAGGAGUUUGCUCGUUUGAUCAAGAAACGAGAACAUAAGAUUCGAGAGUUGGAACAGAUCCGAGAACAUCCCGAGGAUUAUGCAUAUUCACGAAGAAAUUCCAGGGGAGACAGACAUGCUAUGGUGGAUUACAAGAAGGCUCCUUCACGAAUAAGAAGGAGCAGGAGUCCUACUCCUAGGCGGAACAAGAUUUAUCCACGAAGAAGGAGGAGCAAAUGCAAAAGUCGAACACAAGAGCGCAAGAGGACUUCUUCACGAAAAAGAAGGAGCAGGAGCCGAUACCCCACUCCCGAGGAAGAAGGGACCAGAAAACAUCACAGGGAUAGGUAUGAGAGACUGGAUUCUGAUUGGGAGAGGAGUGCUCCCAAACAUAUGAAGGAACGUGAAGAGGGGACCAUGUCUGCACGAGAAGUAGCACGAAAGGCCCUCAGCAAUAUAGCAUCCUCCCCUUUUGCAAAGAGGUUACAAGGGGCAAGAUUACCGGGUAGGGUGAAGCACGGUGCGUUCAUCCUCUAUUAA